AUGAUUCCUACUGCUGCUUUCCUUACAGAUGUAGAUGGAGCUGAAACAUGGAUCAAACCAGCUGUUAACACCUUGAAGAUUAAUGUCGAAGUUGCCAUUUUUUCAGAGAUUAGAACUUAUAGCUUCGCGGGGGUAAUUAGAGACGAAAUUGGUGCGUUGGUGGAGGCGUUUAGUUGCUGUCGUUCAGGAGUGCUGCAGCCCAAAAUGGUGGAAGACUUGGGUGUGAAGGAGGCGCUGAGUUGGAUUAAGGCAAAGGAUUGGAAGGAAGUUGUCAUUGAAAGUGAUAGUCUUACAGUGGUGCAAGUGUUACGUAGUUCUCUUCCUAUGGUUUCAUACUUUGGAAGUGUUAUUUCUGAUUGUAAGAUGAUGAUAAAUGAUUUGAGAGAUGUUAAUGUCAAUUUUAUUAGACGUUCUGCAAAUAGUGUUGCUCACUUCUUAGCUCGAGCAUCCUAUUUAGUUGUUGGUCGUGUUAUCAGGAGUAGUGAUGUUACUCCAGAUUUUAAUCAUGUAAUCACUAUGGAUUGCAAUUAA